AUGGCGACGGCCUUGAGCUGCGGCCAGUCCAUCCGCCUCUGCCCUUCUUCUUCUUCUUCUUCUACGUACAAGCAUGUAAAUUUUAGAGGACCCGCCAAGCUCAACAGGGUUGCAUGCAAGUUCAAUCUAAAACCACUGCCUAUAUUAUCACCCGGAACACCACUCAAUACAAUUAUGCCUGUACUGCCCAGAGGAUUGCCAAGCUUGGACCUUUCUGCUGCAUCAUCCACAGUACCAAGGGGGAGUGAAGCUGGCCGGUCACAGAAAACAUCCAUUCUACUCAGACAGCGCAAAUCUUCAGCAUUGGUACAAGUAAAGAAGAAGGAUCAUAGUUCAAUCACUAUACCUUUCCCGAAAAUGACGGAGAAGCUAGAGUGGUGGUGUAGAACUUUGGCAUGUCUUCCUUUUUUGGCAUCUGUGCUGAUGUCCGAACAUGGAUUUCAUAUUAUUCCGUUUGCAGAACACUAUCACCUCUUUGGAGAUUUGAUUUAUUAUGUCCCCGGAGCAAUCAAGAGGUUACCGUGGUGGUUCCCAAGUGCUUAUUGCAUAUUGGCAUAUUUCUUCAUUGUGAAGAAGAAAGAGUGGUCUCACUUCUUCAGGUACCAUGUGGUUAUGGCCAUGUUACUAGACACAAUGCUGCAAGUGGUUGGGAAGGCGAGCGAAUUCUUUCCGCUCAUACACUCCUGUGGCACAUUUGGCAUAGAAUAUUGCGCGGCCGUGGGAUUCUUGUAUAUUCUGAUCUUGCUGGAGUGCAUGAGGUGUGCUCUUGCUGGCAAGUAUGCUAAGCUCCCAUUUUUCAGUACUCCUGCUCUAGCUCACACUCUCUUUACCGUAGAAGGCAGGCUAAGACCUUUCUAA